AUGCUAUACUUUGUCGUAUGGCUCGGCCACAUCGCGGCAGUCGCUGCGCAGUGGGAAGAAGCGCUGGAGGCAGCUGGAGAUUUCGUCGACCACCUGACACUUGCGGAGAAGGCUGGCAUGAUAAUAGGUACCACGGGCGCCUGCCUGGGCGAUGUAGCACCUAUCAGCCGUCUCAAUCUCACUGGCCUCUGCCUGCAAGAUGGACCGCAGGCGAUCCGCAACGCCCCCUUUGUGUCUGUUUUCCCGGCUCAGCUGUCCGUAGAAGCAUCCUGGGACCUUUUGCUCGCCCAUCAGCAUGCGUUCUAUAUGGGCACAGAGUUUUGUGCCAAAGGCGCCCACGUCGUACUGGGCCCAAUCGCCGGCCCGCUUGGGCGAUCUUCCUUUGGCGGACGUAACUGGGAGGGUUUCAGUCUGGAAGCCUACCUCUUAGGCGAACUCGUCGCAGUGACCAUCUAG